GCUACCACUCAAUUAUCUAUCAACUAUCUUCUUUAUCCAUAAUCAUCUAGGACUCUCAUUCAUUCUUAAUCUAACACCAAAAAAACUCUCAACAUGGCGGCUUUGGCCUCCGCAACCGCCACAGUCUCCUCCUCCGCCUUGAGACUCCCACCAUCUUCUUCUUCUCGCCUCUCUUUCACUUCAGUUAAACUCCCUUUCUCAAACAAUGCCAACUCCCUCAAACUCAAUUGGUCCGCUAGCAUUUCCGCUCCAAUUCUUCACCAAAACCAUUCCGCUGUUACCGCUCCUCCUCGUUCUCUCACAAUUGUAGCCGCUAAAGGCUACAAAAUGAAAACUCACAAGGCAUCGGCGAAGCGAUUUAGGGUUACCGGUGCUGGCAAAAUUAUACGGAGGAGAGCAGGGAAGCAACAUUUGCUAUACAAGAAGAAUAAAAAGAGGAAAUUGCGUCUCUCCAAACUGGUCCAGGUCAACAGAAGUGACUACAACAAUGUAAUUGGAGCAUUGCCUUAUCUGAAAGUAAACAGACAAGCUACAUAAAUAAAUGCUGUGAUUGCAAAACUGAGCCAUGAAUCUAGCCCUGUUUAGUCUAAUGAAUUGUGACAUCUCCAAUAUCUUUUUACAGUAUUUGAAAGUUGUUUUAUUUUAGAGAUGAAUUGAGAUGGUUUUUGCCACUUGAAAUAUCAGUGGCUCGUGAAAAUGUUGUAUCAUGUAAUAACAAUUUGUAUUUAUAUCAGUCACUUCUACUAUUUGCAUUUCA